UCAGCCAGGGUCCCUGCUCCCUAUCGGGGGGAAUCAGCCAGGGUGCCUGCACCUCAUCACUGCCCAGUAACCCUGGGGGUAAUCAGCCAGGGUCCCUGCUCCCCAUCACUGCCCAGUGACCCCAGGGGGAAUCAGCCAGGGUGCCUGCACCUCAUCACUGCCCAGUGACCCUGGGGGUAAUCAGCCAGGGUCCCUGCUCCUCAUCACUGCCCAGUGACCCCAGGGGGAAUCAGCCAGGGUCCCUGCUCCCCAUCACUGCCCUGUGACCCCAGGGGGAAUCAGCCAGGGUGCCUGCUCCCUAUCGGGGGGAAUCAGCCAGGGUUCCUGCACCUCAUCACUGCCCAGUAACCCCAGGGGGAAUCAGCCAGGGUGCCUGCUCCCUAUCGGGGGGAAUCAGCCAGGGUUCCUGCACCUCAUCACUGCCCAGUGACCCUGGGGGGAAUCAGCCAGGGUCCCUGCUCCCCAUUACUCCCAGUGACCCUGGGAUUAGAGACAGUGUUGCGGUGGGUUCUUGUUCUGGAUCACUAAUAAUCCCCAGAUUUCUGUCAUUUCCGACCUCACCAAUCAGAAGUGAUGACAGGGAUGUCAGCAGGGCAGCCCUAAUCAUUCCUUCCUGAGAGAAGGACUAUUGACCAGUGGUGUCCAGCUGCCGCCACACGGUGUCUCUGUCUCCGCUGCUCCGGGCUCAGUCUAACGGGACAGCCAAGCUGGCUCUGAGCUCUCCCUGUCGCCACCGCAGCCUCUCCCGGCCAGUCGCCUCGCCCACCGGGGCUCCUCUCUCAGUGAAGUUUGCGCUGAGCACCGGAGCCGGUCCUGGGCGUCGCUGGCCAGCAAUGAGCGGCGGAGCGGACAGGCACUGAGCGGCACGAUGCUGCCCGGGGAACGCAACGCCAGCUUGUCCCGGCACAGCCUCAACAUCCCCGUAGGCUUACUGAUCAGCUCGCCCAAGCGGAGACUGGCCAGGCUGGGCAGAAAACACAGCAACGGAUCCCUGCAGUCCAAUUCGUCAGACACCACUGUCAGAUCCAGUGAAAGUUUUGGAGUCAGGCAGCCAGCUCGGAGCAGGAUCAAGAGGCACAACAGAAGCCUGGCCACAGUGUUCCGGGGUCGCAGCUUAAAGGACGAGAAAGCAGGUGAUGAGGAGGGCGGCGUCAUAGCCACGGAUGACCCCACCGAGCUCUCCACCCAGGUCACGGCCCCUGGGGUGCUGAAGAUCUUUGGAGAUAAGAUCUGCGCCGGUGCCAACUACAAGAGUGUGCUGGCAACGCCAUGCUCCAGUGCGCAGGAGCUGGUCAAGGAGGCACUCGAGAGAUACUCGCUGGAAAAGAGUUCUGCCGGAGAUUAUGUGCUCUGUGAUGUGAUUGGGCGGUUGGAUGAGGACCACCAAUGGAAGACAGAAUGCUUUCGGGUUGUGAGCAACUGUGAGAAGCCUCUCAUUUUGCAAUCACUCUGGAAACCAAAAGAAGGGUUUGUCCGGAGGUUUGAAAUCCGCAAGAAAGUGGAUGUGGAAGAAAUUGCGGCGAAGGAGAAAGACACAGUGACAGCAGGGAUCAACGCCCAGGCUCGCAGGCUGCAAAUGACUCGGACGAGGGCAUCCUCAGCUCUGACAGAUGAAGAGAUCGAAAGCAGCUUUGCACUUUGGCGGAGUGUGAGUGAACUGAAUCUGUCACUCAAGGCCAGAGAGACGGAGCAAAGCACCAGGAGUCCUCGGACUGAAUUGCUGGACUCUGAACAUAACAAGGGGUCGUGUCUCGGCAGUGAGAAAGAGGAAACAGAGAGCAGUGAUGACAGCUCCACACAGUACUCCAUACACCCUCCCUUUGAGUUCCCCUACUUUCUGUUGCUGCAGGGCUACAGUUCCAGGCAGGAUUUUGUCAUCCACGUGCUGAGUGGAACCAGCCACCUGUUUGGCCGCUACGCGGAGGAGCCGGGAGGCACGGAGGAAGAGUGGCUGAAGGUGGACAUCCCCCUGUCGGCCCCAGACAUCCACCCGAGGCACUGCUCUGUGCAACGGCAGGAACUGAAUCCCAGGAGGGAAGGCAGUGAAGUGGUGACCUCGGUGAGACCAGGAAAGGGGGCACCAGUCACCCACAACGGGCUGCCCAUCAACCGGGAGACGCAGCUGCACCCAGGCGACCUGCUGGGCUUGGGCGCCCACUACCUCUUCAUGUACAAGGACCCGACCCUAGGCAGCCAGAGCCACAGCCAGAGGCCAGCCUGGUUCGCCUCUCCGGUCUUCCAGCUGAGCCCGGGAGGUGAACUGCAGUGCAGGAUGUGUGGCUGCCCUGUGCAGGGCAGUGGCGGCGGGAGGAGCACCCUCCGAGUGAAGAACGUGCGGCCCAGACUACAGGACCCGCGGGGCAACGAGUACGAGUUCACGUACGAGCUCUCGCAGGAAGAUGCACUUCUGAACUUGAUCAUCGAGGCGCCGGACGAGGAGAGCACAGACUUCAAGCUGACUCCAGGCUUCCUGCUGAGUCUCUGCAUCCAGCACUCAGCCACUUCCUUCCACCCGGCAGACUUCCGGAGGCUGCUGCUCCGGAUAGCCAGUCAGAUUCAGUCAGUCAUGUGGGAGAAGACAAAGGAGCUUGCAGCAAUCCAGAGAGAGCAUGCCGGUGAGGACUGUGAGGAAACACCUGCUAUUGGUAUGAGGGAGCUGAUCCCAGGACUACAGCCGCUUGUCUACUGGAUGUCCAACUCCAUCGAACUGCUGCACUUCAUUCAACAGGAGGUCCCCAAACUGCUAGCGUGGGAGCAGCAAGUUGACCCAGAUGGUGAGGGUUGCCAUAGUGAGCAGCUUUUGUCGACCAAGUUGGCCAGUGAAGAGGCUAUGACGGUGUUGGAGGAGGUCAUCAUGUUCACCUUCCAGCAGUCGGUCUAUUACCUUACCAAGACCCUGUACACUGUCCUGCCUGGAUUGUUGGAUAGCAACCCUUUUGCAGCCAAUUCAUCUCAGCUCAGUGUGCCGCAAGGGGUUAAGGACAUCCUGCUGAUCUUCCAGGAAACAUUGAGCCUGUUAAAGCAGUAUCAAGUUCACUCUGAGAUUGCCUCCCAGCUCUUCGCAUACCUCUUCUUUUUUACAAAUGCCUCCCUCUUCAAUGCCUUGAUGGAACGAGGUUCAGGUGGAGGGUUCUACCAGUGGUCGAGAGGAGUGCAGAUUCGGGCCAACCUGGAUCUGCUUCUGGACUGGAUUCAAGGUGUUGGACUCGGGGAGUUAGCUGCUGAGUUCUUCCUCAAGUUGUCUACGGCUGUCAACCUGCUCGCCACACCUAAGGAGAACCUCCUGCAGGCGAGCUGGAGGUGUCUGCGGAAUGAUUUUGUCAGUCUGAACCCAUCGCAGCUGCACCACAUGUUGAGGGAAUACAGUCCAGGGCGACCUUGCCCGUCCACGUGGAGCCCAGUGCCCGAGGAGCAGAAGGCAGCACUGAGGACAGCUGACAUCCUGGAAAGCUUCGACAAUCACCCGCCCCUGAUCCUGCCUUGCAACACCUUCCACAUUGAGCUGGGGAAGCCCAUGACUGAGUGCCAGGACCUGUCCACACACCUGCAGUGUGUAAGGGAGUUUCUGCAGAGGCUGCAGGUGCCCGAGGUGCCAGAGGAUACCAGUGGGACCCAAACACAACAGACUUUAGGAGCAGUGCCAGGAGGGAGGGUGAGUCCCUCUGCAGAUGUUGGAGAGGAGCACACCAACCAAAACGUCAGCCACCGCUGCUCCCCUGAGCUGCAGCCUGUGUACAGAGGGAAGGACAUCAGGAUGGGCCGUUCUCUCUUCCUGGGCCGUGCCUCAGGCAGUCUCCGCUCCUGCCAGGCUGAGCUGGCACACAAGCUGAAGAACCUCGAGCUCCAGAGCAGCCUGCCAGGGCAACAAGAGCUCACGCAGAAGAGGCUGGCUCUGGAUCCCUCCUGCCUCCUGACCCCACCCAACACCCCGCAGAUCCUGGAGCUGGCUGAGUGUGAGACAGAGGCCCAUCCGCUGGAAGCUGCUGCCAAGAUGGUUAAUGGUGACCAGACCAAUGCGUGUGAAGGCAGCAGAUCGAAAGAUGGUCCCACUCCUCAGAAGAACGAAGCAGAUGAUGAGGUGUUUACUGUCAAGUUAGAAAGAGGACCUCGAGGCCUGGGCCUGGCACUGGUGGAUGGAUUGAGCACCCCGUUGAAUGUGAGUGGAAUUUAUAUCAAGUCCCUGGUUCCCGACUCACCAGCAGCUGGAUGUGGGAAGUUGCGUCUGGGAGACCGAAUCCUGGCCGUCAAUGGGACAAGUCUGGUUGGGAUGGAUUAUCAGAGUGGGCGUGAACUGAUCCGAUCGGCAGGGGACUCGCUGUGGCUCCUGGUGGCCAGGUCCGAUGCACAGGUGGCAGUGAAAGUGUUAAUGUCAAGCUGCUAACGUGGUCCAGGACAGAGGAGUGCUGACACAGGGCUCACCUGCCUGAGGACGUUGCAGAGUUCUCUACAUAAAUAUCUCAGUUAUUGAAGUUGCAGCGAGGAAUGGGAUGAGUGGUUGGGCUCACAUCCAGUGGUCCUGAGCAGCAGCUUCAGGCACAGUCGGAGGAGCGUCUGCAUGUGGAGCCCGCGCCCUGUAUCCCUCCCUGAAGGGCUGGUGGGCAGUAAUUACACCGGCAAGUGGCUGGGCAAUGGCUGCUCUGGAGACCAGUCAGCGACUACAGUGGAUUUCACACCAGAUUUAAAGUUGAUGUUCAUUUUGCCUCAUUUGAAUGUUUGCUACUGAUGUUGUUGUUGCUUAACAGGGACACACAAUCUGGGCUAAGCCCAGUUCUAGCCUGCACUAAUAAAAUAAAGUAUUAUUGUCCAGUUAUUCCCAUGCCAAGACUCAGCCGAAUGUACAUGUCAGAGGCACUCUCUGUGUGUGGGGCCCACUUCAUGUGUGUGCCCUCCCUAGGGAUGGGUACAGGGCCCAGGUUUGACCCAGGGAUGGGCACAGGGCCCCGGGCCCAUGGCAGCCACAGUCGGCUCAAAUGUGCACCAACUCCUGGAAGGAAAGUGUGGGCUCUCUCUGGUGCGAAAAAUAAACCACUGCAGAUGCUGGAAAUCUGAUACAAAAUCCAACUGCUGGAAACAUUCAGCGGGUCAGCCAGCAUGUGGAGAGAGAGAGAGACAAAGUUAAUGUUUCAGGUAGAAGGCCACUGUCACAAGUCCCUGGUGUGACAUGAUUCCGGGAUGGUUACUGGCAUCAGUGCUGAGCCAAGGCAGCAGUCCUGCUGUGGGGCACACCCUAGGGUCCAAGGGGAAUGGGGAACUUUACUCCUUCGGGCAGGGUGAGGGGAGCUGAGAGAUGUGGCGGUUUACUGUCCAUUCACUGCCUGUGGCACCACAUGCUGUGUCAUCACUUCACCUAAAGACUGGCGUUGGCCAUUUGGCCCUCACAGGCCGACUGCCCCAUUCAAUGAGACCUCGACACCAAUUUCUCUACUGACCCCACAUCCCUUCAUUCCCUUUGCUGGGAAAGUCUACAUGGCUUUUUCGCAUCCACUGAGUGACUGAGCCUCCAAAGCCCUCCUGGGUAGAAAGGUUCUGCAUCCUCUGGGUGAAGAUAUUUCUGAUCCCCUCUGCUGUGAGUCACUGACCUGUUAUUCUGAGACUAUGAUCCCCAUUUCUGGAUUCAUCAGCUGGGGAAAGUAUUCCUGCAUCUGUCAAGUCAAGCCCUGUGUGAACUCUGUAUGUUUCAAUGAGAUCACCUCAUCAUCCUUCCAGGCUCUAGAGAGUACAGAUCCCCCUCGCCUUAAUCUCCCUGGACAACCCUGCCACCCCCAGAAUCAAUCUGGUGAACCUUCACUGCACUCCCUCUAUCAAAUGUGUGUCCAUCCUCAGGGAGGGAGACCAGAUGUGUACCCAACAUCCAGGUACAGUCUCCCCAGGACCCUGUAUCGUUUUAACGAUUUUUUGCUUAAAUCAUUUCACAAUAAAGGCCAACUGCUAUCUGGCUGCCCAACUGUUGCUGUACCUGCAUACUGACUUUUAGUGAUUGUUGUGGAAGCACCCCCAUCCCUCUGAUAAAUCCCAUUCAAUCUCGCACCAUCAAAAAUAAUGUGGUUUUCUACCACAAUGGAUGAGCUCCCAUUUUUCCACAUGCCAUGUGCUCACCCAUUCAUUUAGCCUGAAGCCGCUCUCUCUACCCUCCUGUGAGCUCACACAGCCACCAGCAUAGAAUCAUCUGCAAACUUGGAUAUAUUACACUUGAUCCCCUCACCCAAAUUAUCAUUGGAGAUUGUGAACAACCAAGGGUCCAGCACUUCAGCUGCUUUCUGUCUAUUAACCACUCAACACAUGUCAGCACAUUACCCUGAUCCGUGCACUGUAAAACAAAACUAAAAUAUGCUGGAAAUCCUCACCAGGUCAAGCAGCAUCUGUAAAGAGAGAAACUGAGUUAAUGUGGCAGUUUGAUGACCAUUCAUUGGAACUGGAAAGUGAGCUAACAAGAUAUUUUACGUUACUGAGCAGGGGUGUGUGACAGGGCACAGAGGAAGGAUGUUCAGCCUGUUAUUAGUUUAAAUUCCAGCAGUUAGAAGCAGAAUGAAAUGAGGUAACCAGCAACAUCGAUGUUCGGCCCAGACUGGAGGAGCUGGUUCCUCAGUCUCACCUUCAGCUCCUUGGGACGUGGGGAGAGCAGGAAGGUGGAUCAGUCACGGGCGAGGGACUGGCCGGCGAUUCCGGCUCCUGUCUCAUCGCUCCGAGAGGAAGAAAAAGCCCCAAAUCAGAAAUAAAAACAGAGACGGCGGGAACCACGCGGCAGCGCAGUGCUCCCGGUCCGGACCCUUCGCCGCAACGUCGCCAGAAGCAGAGAGUAAAAGCAAACAGCACGGA